UAAGUGUCCUUUCCAGACGGUUCACAUUCUGGACAUUCUGUUAUCUAUAAAAAUGAGGCUUCUCAGCCAAUUAGGUGGUUCCUAAGCUUUUAGUGUAUUUUUAUUCAUAAAAGAGAGUUCAAAUUACGGGUCUAGAGAUCGUUCAUUGCAAAAUAAACGUUCUGUUGAACGUGGCCAAUGAGGCCUAUAGCGCGUGAACGCUCAAAGAGAACGCAGCCAAUAGCGUAAGACUACGCCGUAAGAAAUUGACCAAUCCCAAUUGAUUAUUCUUCUCACAUUCGACUGUGAUUGCUCAAUUUUUCACGGCUUAAAGCGUACUACACCUACACCUUGUAGACAUUUUUUCGUGUAUGAUUCGAAGGUUAGGAACGUUAUUGCAGCGUGUACAAUUGCGUGAGGCGGAUAGAUGAGAGAAAUAAUUGAAGAAAUUAAUUAGUAUUUUUAACAUAUAACUGAUUGAAUUUGAAUUAUAUUCGCAUCGUUAUCGUCUCAUUUGCAAGCCAUUAACAUGGGAAAGUUGAACGUCACGAUGCUGCGGUAUUUAACGCAUGAAGAUUUUCGCGUGUUAACAGCGAUUGAGAUGGGCAUGAAGAACCACGAACUCGUGCCUGCGUCACUUGCCGCGCAAAUAGCGAAUCUGCGUCAUGGUGGAGUGCAUAAAGUACUAAGGGAGUUGUGCAAACGCAAAUUGCUCAGCUACGAGCGAGGAAAACGAUAUGAUGGUUAUCGUUUGACAAAUGCAGGCUACGACUAUUUGGCUUUGAAAGUUUUGGCACAGAGAGGCACGAUAGCUUCCUUUGGCAAUCAGAUCGGUGUUGGCAAGGAAUCUAAUAUUUAUAUUGUUGCUAACGAGGAAGGCAUUCCUUCUUGUCUGAAGUUGCACAGACUUGGCAGAACGUGCUUCAGAAAUAUUAAGGAAAAGAGAGACUACCAUCAGCACAGACAUUCUGCAUCCUGGUUGUAUUUGUCAAGAAUUUCAGCUACCAGAGAGUUUGCGUAUAUGACUGCACUCUUAGAUAGAGGUUUCCCUGUGCCAAAGCCGAUCGAUUUUAACAGGCAUUGCGUUGUUAUGGAGCUGGUUGAAGGUGGACCUCUGUGUGGUGUAUACAAAGUAGAAAAUGUUGAGGCAUUGUACGAAGAACUGAUGGACUUGAUUGUAACAUUGGCAAAUCAUGGUGUUAUACAUGGAGACUUCAAUGAAUUUAACAUAAUGAUCACAGACAGCGGCAAGCCCAUUAUCAUUGAUUUUCCACAGAUGAUUUCAACUCAGCACAUUAAUGCGGAAGUCUAUUUUCAAAGAGACGUGAACUGCAUCCGUGAUUUCUUCAAGAGACGUUUCGGCUAUGAGAGCGAAUUGUAUCCGACUUUCAAAGAUAUAUCACGCGAAGACUGCAUAGACGUUGAGGUUAGAGCUAGCGGCUUGACAAAGCAGAUGGAAAAAGAUCUUUUGAUAGAGAUGGGUAUGGAGAAUGAAGAGGAAGGGGAAGAAGAAGAAGAAGUCGAUAGUGAUGACGAAACGUACGAGGACUGUGUCGAACAGGAUGUCGAGGAUCUGCAAACUCAAAUCAAAGAUUUACAGUUGCAGGUCGAGGACGCCAUGAAAGAACAGUUCGACGUUUCCAUGAGGCAGGCGUCGAAAAACGACAACGAACAUUCAGAGAAAACGUCGUCCGCGACGUCACAUUCCGUGGAACUGAACGAUACAGAGGGUGAACGUGAGCAAAAUGGCGAAGCUGCGGCGGUAGAGAAUGUAACAACCGGUAAGGAACAUAGCGAGUCCGCGUCGUCUAAUUUAUCGUCUGAAGUCAACACUCGCAAUACUCAAGAACAAACCGUCUCGAGCGCAGACGACGAAGCGUUGUCCGUCAAGGAGGACUGCUUCGACACGCGAAGUAUGUGGAGUGUCUCGACGGCUUCCACGAUCGCGCCACAUGUGAUAAAGAGGAGAAUGAAAAUAUCGCUCGACAAACGCGAGAAGAAAAGUCAACCGAGGAAGACAGUGGCCAAAGGGGAGGCGAGCGCAGUGACGAGAAUACGGAGGGACAAUAGGGCUACGAUUAAAGAAUCCACGGGAAUAUGGGGUUGGGAGUGAACCGUCGCGUAUGUACCUAUGUUGGUGGUUUGUUGUAAAUUAUUUCACUGUGUACAGUAAUACGUAAGGUAACGUAUAUAUAUAUAUAUACAGUGUAAACGCGACUGCAGUUAACCCUGGAUGAGCAACGUUAUCUUUAAUCUGUUGUAGCGACGAAUAAAGCACCUCACAAAAUUGAUUUUAAGAACGUCGACGAUCUGGGGUUAACGAUACAUCUUUGUUAAUAAUUUGAUACAAAAUAUACGUUUCUUUACGGAUA